AUGGAAGAGAGUCCGUUCGCCUGCAAGGGCUUCUUGGUGGAACGUGUCCUCGACCACCUGGAGACCGAGGAACUGUUCCCAUGCGCCGAGGUCAACCGGCUGUGGCAGUCGGUUGCCCUGUCCUUGCUGCGCAGGAAGCUGAUCUCCGUCUCCGUUUGCUGCGCGCCGGACUCGGAGAGGGCCGUCCCAGUGUCGGCGCUGGGCAGCUCCCACGUGUGCGCGGACAUAUUCUGCUCAAAGUUCGCUCGCUACCGAAACAUCGCACGCCUGGCGGGACUGCGGCCAUCGCUGGUGUUUCUAUCUUACCACGCCGACCUGAACGAGGACAAACGAACCGUAGUACGCCUGCGUGAGUUCCUGUCUCCGGAUUCGGUCAGCGUGUACUUCAAGCUCGAGCUUGCCCGAACCAUCUACGACGACGUCAUACACGAGGGCAUCUUUGGCGAGUUUCUGUUCAGCGCCGAUGAAGAACGGUCCUCGGAGUCUGCCCGGACAUCGGCGGUGGGCGGCGAUGGAGGCGCCGUUUUCCGCAACGUGCUCCCGGGUGUCCUCGUCUUCAAGUGGCUUCGCGUCACUGAGAUUAACAUCGAGGGCAACGCGGUAACCUCGCACUUCGUGGAGGAGGCCACCGGAAGGACCGUGCAGAUAACGUCCGCUACCGUCUUAGGCGGAAUGACCCGGAAUCAGCUGGACCCGUUCAUGAGGCGGCUGAGCGAGCACUUCGGCUCCACCGGCGGCACCAUCACCGUGGCGUUUCCUCGGAACCAGGACGAGGCGCUCGGAGAGCUGGAGGCCUUCGAGCGCUGUUUUCCGUCGGUGCCGGCGUUGGCCAACCAGGCCACCGAGUUCAACGUGGACGGUCCGUACGCGCCGAUGAGCCGGCUCAAGCUCGUACUGCUGCUCAUCAAGCUGCUCGACUGA